GGCAAGUAGAGCUGUUGACUCCUCCUUCCCCUCCCCUCCCCUCUCUUGCUCUCUCUCUCUCUCUCUCUCUCGCGCUGGCUCUCCCAGACAGCCUGCUAGCCUGCUAUUUGACCAGAGAGCAGCCAGAGAAAAGCACAGCGCGAGGGAGGCGAGAAGUGUGCUCCUCCACCUGCCUCCUCUCUCCCCCCCAGGAGAUGAAAUCCUGAGGAACUCGCGGGUACAUUUUUUUUUUUGGGGAGGAGGGGGGGGUCUGUUCCCCCUGGCUUUCAGCAUGCUGUUUUAACGGACUGUGGGGCGUGCUUCACGCGUGUCGGUGCCUGAGGUGUUUUUCGGCGGUCCCUUUUUUUUUGAGCCACCUCUCUGGGAUACACACCGCUGGGGGAAGGUGCUGUGGUGAGUGUGCGAGAGAAGAGCGCGAGAGAGGGAGAGAGAGAGAGAGAGAGGCCGGUGCCAUGCCCGCUGCUGGCGGUUCCGUGACAAGCGACAGGGACUCAGCAUGAAGGGAGGCCACCGCCGUGGGGGCUGCGGCUGCCAGCACCUGUUCCGAAAAGUGCUCGCGAAGUGUGGCUGCUGCUACACCAGGGUCAGAGAGUCCUACUCGGCAGCGGGCAGCGAGGGCAGCAUCGCCACCUCGGUGGCCUCCCUGCCCCCCCAGGCCUCAGGCAGCUCCGCCCCCAGCUCGCCCGGCUCCCGCCACUCCGUCAGCACCCUGAAGAAAUGGCUGACGAACCCAGUCCGCAAGCUGAGCGCCGGGGGCGGCGCGGGGGGGAAGAGUGAGCGGCAGGUCCGCAGGCUGGACGGCAAACCCCCCCCUUCCCAACAGAGCCAGGACCCAGGGGCCCCCGCAGAGGGGGACGUCCUCAGCGCCCUCCCCGCUGCAGAUAAAGAGCCGGAGUGGGCUGAGGGUCAGGGACGUCCUGAAGACUGCAUGCCCGGGAACCCCCAGUGUCACAGCUACCUGUCAGAACUCCUGCAGCGGGGCAACUCACUGACCCACGCAGAGGACCACCAAUCCUCCAGUCUGCUGCCAGAUGAGGAUGGCUCCGCCCUGAUGGACGACACAUCCAGCCAAUCGUCAGCCACUGUGGACAGUGAAGAAGAAAGGAAGGGUGCCUUAGAAAAGAGCAUCUAUGUGCUGAAGGAACUCAUUGAGACAGAAAGGUUAUAUGUGGAAGAUCUAGGACUCAUUGUAGAGGGCUACAUGGCUACAAUGAACAGCAAGGGAGUACCAGAGGACAUGAAGGGAAAGGACAAAAUUGUGUUUGGGAACAUUCACCAGAUCUAUGACUGGCAUAAAGACUAUUUCCUGGGAGAGCUGGAGAAGUGCGUGGCCGAGCCGGAGAGACUGGCGCAGCUCUUCAUCAAGCACGAGCGGCGCCUGCACAUGUAUGUGGUCUACUGUCAGAACAAACCCAAGUCUGAGCACAUCGUGUCAGAGUACAUAGAGACCUACUUUGAGGAGCUCAAACAGCAGUUGGGGCAUCGCCUCCAGCUCAACGACCUGCUCAUCAAGCCGGUGCAGCGGAUCAUGAAGUACCAGCUACUGCUCAAGGACUUCCUGAAGUACUACACCAAGGCUGGGAUGGAUACCACAGAGCUGGAGAAAGCAGUUGAGGUGAUGUGCUUUGUGCCCAAACGCUGUAACGACAUGAUGAAUGUCGGGAGGCUGCAGGGGUUUGAGGGGAAGAUCACGGCCCAGGGGAAGCUGCUCCAGCAGGACACCUUCAUGGUGACGGAGCAGGACGGCGGCCUGCUAUCGCGUGCGAAAGAGAGGCGGGUCUUCCUGUUCGAGCAGCUGGUGAUCCUGAGCGAGCCCAUCGACAGGAAGAAGGGCUUCUCCCUGCCGGGCUACAUCUUCAAAAACAGCAUCAAGGUCAGCUGCCUGGGGGUGGAGGACUGUGUGGAUGGAGACCCCUGCCGCCUGGCUCUGACGUCUCGGGGGGCUGACGGCAACACGGUGCGUUUCGUCAUGCAAGCGGCCACGCCCGACAUCCGCCAGGGCUGGGUGACCGACGUGGGCCAGAUACUGGAGACCCAGCGCAACUUCCUCAAUGCCCUGCAGUCACCCAUUGAGUACCAGCGUCGGGAGAGCAAGUCCAACAGCCUGGGCCGCGCCAUGAGGGCACCCCCUGCAGCCGCCGCUUCCCUGCGGCCCCACUCCUCCGCCUCCAUCGACCGGCAGCGCCUGCCCAGCCUGCGCUCCUACAACAGCUCUCUGCCCUCCCUCUACCUGCCCAGCCAGGGGCUGGCUGACCCCCCCUCACAGCAGGAGCUCAGGCUGGCUCACCAAGGGCCUUUGGAGUCGAACCCGAGCUCCCAGACCACAUCCCCCGCUCAUGUGCAGCUGGCCUUCCCCGAGCAGUCGGGCCCGCCCUUGGUGCCGCAGCCAUACCAGGGUGUCUCCAAUGGCCUGUGCCCCCCUGCCCAGCACAACACACAGAGAGUGAGAGAGGGCUGCCCCGGGGCCACAGCGGGGGUCACGGGAGGCCUCCCACCCAGCUCGUCCGGUGCGCCGCGCUCGGGCAACCUGAGCCAACUCACCGAGGACGACCUGUAAACACUGGGACUGUCU